AUGGUUGUGCCUCACAAUCCAUACCUACUUGCAAAGUACGACUGCCACAUGAACGUAGAAUAUUGUGCGUCAAUAAUGGCUAUUAAAUAUGUCUUCAAGUACAUCCACAAGGGACAUGAUCGUGCAAGAGUACAGAUAACUGAUUCAAACAGCGAGAGUGAUGGUCAGCCAAUAAUCAACGAAAUACAGGAUUAUGUAGAUUCGCGUUACGUAGGACCGAUGGAAGCAGCUUGGCGUAUACUAGAACUGCCAAUGCAUGGACGAAGUCAUGCCGUCACACGCUUACCUGUACACCUACCGGGGCAGCAAUAG